AUAGGUACACCGAGAUCAAAGAUUGUUUUGUACUCAACUUUAAACGUGCAUCUACCAUGAUUCGUAUCCAAGUUGCGGCCCAAGCUGAAAAACGUCGUCAGUUGUUGGAAAGAAGACAACUUGAUCUGAACACUGAUAAAACAAGACGUUGGGGUAUGCAGCGAAAGGACCUGACACAACAACAACUCAUCCGCCACUUUGCUGCGUUAUUGCAUCAAGAAGAGUCUACCAAGUUAAUUACUAUGAGCAUGUGUAUAAACAUCAAUAGUAUGGUCAUGGAAGAAAUGGCGAGAAGAGCAUCCAUUAGGGCAGCUGAUCGUGCUAUGGCAAUUGAGAGGAUUCGUAGGAUUAAGGAAGCUGAGGAUGAAGCCAUGGGCAGAGUGGACCCAGUCAAAGAGGCACUCAAGGAUUACAUGGUUCAAAUACAGGAACAGAUGUUGCUGCAGAAAUUCCAUGGUCAUCGAGUGAGGAAAGUGAAGAACCAAAAGAGAGAACAAUACUAUCCAGCUGAAAGCCAACAAGAUAGUAAAUUACGUAAUAUUCGCAUGAAAUCACGCCGCCAGUCCUGCGUUAUAGUGGAUUUUUAGAAGAGAGUAUCAGAUUACAGUUGAUUGAUUGAUUUUGAAAGGAUUACUUUGUUGACCAUAAGUCAAUAAAUUGGAUAUUUAUUCGUGAUAUACGUUGCCUUUUAUUUCCUGUGCAUACUACUAUAUAUAUAAUUGGUAUAUUAUGAAUUUAUUGUAAGAUUCCUGGAAUUAUAAAUGAGUAUAAAAACUAAAA